AUGAUGGCGUGGCCACCACGCAACAACAACCCAACUAUCUCGGAGGCCGCGUUUCAAUGGUCCGAUGCCGAAUUUGAGAAUUGGAGAACCGAACAUCUCAAACAGCCCGAGACUCUUCUCAUGUCCCCGUCACCUGAUCCAUCCACCACUGCUGCGAGAACGCCUACCACUCGACCUCUUUCAUACAACUAUCAAUUCCAGCUUCCCCUCACACAACUCCCCUCUACACCUGUUGCCCUUGGGUCAAUGCUGUCCCCCACUCCUUCGUCGUCGUACCUAGACCCAAACACCAUCAAACGCCCCAUCCACAAUCACACAAGGUCCAUUCCAACCCAAGCAACCCACACCGUCCCCUCCCCAGCAAGCCUCUACGACGCUAGAUGCCCCAGUCCAUGGGAUGACCUCCCAGUCUCGACUCCCGUAAUAAAAGAGACAAUUCAGCUGGAUGAGACGAACAAUGGACACAGCCAGGGCAAAAUGCCGUGUCGUUCUCGUCAACGGGCCAAAAGAAAGGAGAGCGAUAAUUACGGAACCUUCAAAUGCGAGUGGAAGGGCUGUCUAUAUGACCGUCUAUUCUCGCGUAAAGGUGUGCUCAUGCGACACAUCCAGACUCAGCAUAUCAACCCUCGCGCUUUCAAGUGUCCCUGGUGUGACCAUGCUUCGAGUCGACGGGAGAAUUUGAAAGCACAUAGACAAUCGAUUCACAAGGAAACUUUGUAG